GAAAAAGAGACUAGAACUCAAAUGUCCCCCUCUUAUAAAUACAAAUCGUGGUUGCUUUCCUCCUCGCCUGUCUUAAGAUAAAAAACAAAACAAUAAUUCUCUCAAAACGCGUUCUAAGUUUUCUCUAACGGUCUCUUCGAAUCCAAUUUCGAUGGCGGAAGUUCAGAUGGCUGAUGCGGAGACGUUCGCAUUCCAAGCGGAGAUAAACCAGCUUCUCAGCUUGAUCAUCAACACUUUCUACAGCAACAAAGAGAUCUUCCUUCGUGAGCUCAUCAGCAACUCUUCAGAUGCUCUUGAUAAGAUUCGAUUCGAGAGUUUAACCGACAAAAGCAAGCUCGAUGGACAGCCUGAGCUCUUCAUUAGAUUGGUCCCUGACAAGGCUAACAAGACGCUCUCCAUUAUCGACAGUGGCAUUGGCAUGACCAAAGCAGAUCUGGUGAAUAACUUGGGAACUAUUGCGAGAUCUGGAACCAAGGAGUUUAUGGAGGCGCUUCAAGCUGGUGCUGACGUGAGCAUGAUUGGUCAGUUUGGUGUCGGGUUCUACUCUGCUUACCUUGUUGCUGAGAAGGUUAUUGUCACCACUAAGCAUAACGACGAUGAGCAGUAUGUGUGGGAGUCUCAAGCUGGUGGUUCGUUUACUGUCACCAGGGAUGUGGAUGGGGAGCCUCUUGGCAGAGGAACUAAGAUCACUCUCUUCCUUAAAGAGGAUCAGCUUGAGUAUCUUGAGGAGAGGAGACUUAAGGACUUGGUGAAGAAGCAUUCUGAGUUCAUUAGUUAUCCAAUUUACCUUUGGACUGAGAAAACCACUGAGAAGGAGAUCAGUGAUGAUGAGGAUGAGGAGGAACCAAAGAAAGAAAACGAAGGUGAGGUUGAAGAAGUUGACGAGGAGAAGGAGAAGGAUGAUAAAAAGAAGAAGAAGAAGAUCAAGGAAGUUUCUCACGAGUGGCAACUCAUCAACAAGCAGAAACCUAUUUGGUUGAGGAAGCCAGAGGAGAUCACUAAAGACGAGUAUGCUUCUUUCUACAAGAGCUUGACCAAUGACUGGGAGGACCAUCUAGCAGUUAAGCAUUUCUCAGUGGAGGGUCAGCUUGAGUUCAAGGCUAUUCUCUUUGUUCCGAAGAGAGCUCCUUUUGAUCUAUUCGACACGAGAAAGAAGCUGAACAACAUCAAGCUCUACGUUAGGAGGGUGUUCAUUAUGGACAACUGUGAGGAGCUGAUUCCAGAGUACCUCAGCUUCGUCAAAGGUGUUGUCGACUCUGAUGACUUGCCACUCAACAUCUCUCGUGAGACACUUCAACAGAACAAGAUCCUUAAGGUGAUUAGGAAGAAUCUGGUGAAGAAGUGCAUUGAGAUGUUUAAUGAGAUCACUGAGAACAAAGAAGACUACAAUAAGUUCUACGAGGCUUUCUCCAAGAACUUGAAGUUGGGUAUCCAUGAGGAUAGUCAGAACAGGGCGAAGAUUGCUGAUCUUCUUCGCUACCACUCCACUAAAAGUGGUGAUGAGAUGACAAGCUUGAAAGACUAUGUCACAAGGAUGAAGGAAGGUCAGAAGGACAUCUUCUACAUCACUGGUGAAAGCAAGAAGGCUGUGGAGAACUCUCCCUUCUUGGAGAAGCUGAAGAAGAGAGGUUACGAAGUGCUUUACAUGGUGGAUGCCAUUGAUGAAUAUGCGGUUGGACAGCUGAAAGAGUAUGACGGCAAGAAGCUUGUCUCUGCAACAAAAGAAGGGUUGAAGCUUGAAGAUGAGACUGAAGAAGAGAAGAAAAAGAAGGAAGAGAAGAAGAAGUCCUUCGAGAGUCUCUGCAAGACAAUUAAGGAUAUACUCGGUGACAAGGUGGAGAAGGUUGUGGUAUCCGACAGAAUCGUUGACUCUCCGUGCUGUCUUGUGACUGGUGAAUAUGGAUGGACUGCAAAUAUGGAGAGGAUCAUGAAGGCUCAGGCGCUGAGAGAUAGCAGCAUGAGUGGUUACAUGUCGAGCAAGAAGACCAUGGAGAUUAACCCCGACAAUGGGAUCAUGGAGGAGUUGAGGAAGAGAGCUGAGGUGGACAAGAACGACAAGUCUGUUAAAGAUCUUGUGAUGUUACUGUUCGAGACGGCUUUGUUGACUUCCGGAUUCAGUCUUGAUGAGCCGAAUACAUUUGCAGCUAGGAUUCACAGGAUGUUAAAGUUGGGUCUGAGUAUCGAUGAAGAUGAGAAUGCGGAGGAAGAUGGUGAUAUGCCUGCGUUGGAGGAGGACGCUGCUGAAGAGAGCAAGAUGGAGGAAGUCGACUAAAAGAUGAAGAAACCUGUUUUAUGUUUUCUUUCUUAUGUCUGUUCUUUAAUGUCCUUUAAGAUGUGUCCAUUAUCCCCUGUCUUGGUGUGUCUUAGGGUCGCUUGAACUUUUUUUUGGUGAUUUGGUGUGUGUUGAGCGUCUUGUAACUGGUAAUGUUCCUGAUAUGCGUCUUUUGUCCAAGGUUUGUCCCUCUCUAAAGUGAAUACUAGUCUUAUUUUCGGC